AUGAGGCGUGCCGAUUGGGUGAGAACGCUAGCCUCCAUCCCCUCCCUCCCUUCUCCCCCUCGCGCCGCCUCCUCCAUUCUCUCCCGUCGCUGCUGCUCCCCCUCGCGCCGCCUCUCUCAUCCUCUCCCGUCGCUGCUGCUCUCCCUCGCGCCGCCCCCAGCCUCCUCACCUGGACACGGCGACCAUGAGCGCCAGCGAGAGGAGGAAGGCUGGCGGCUGGGCGCUGCCGUACGAGGGGCCCGGCGGCCACCUUUGCGCGUGGGACGCCCUGCGCCGUCACCACCGACGCCGGGGCCACCUCUGCGCAUGGGACGCCCUGCGCCGUCACCACAGACGCCGGGGCAAAAAGGACACGGCCGUCCUCUCCCUGCGCGCGCUCCCGCCCUCUCCGCCCGCGGCGCCGCCGUCCUCCUCCGGCGCUUCCUCCUCGUCGGCUCCUUCUCGCAGCCCUCGCCUCCCGCACGCCGCCAUCUCCCGGCCGUCCUCGACCACGUCCUCUGGCGCCGGCCGCUUCACCGAGCUCCCCCGCCAGCAGAUCGACGCCGCCGGGCCCGUCCACCCCGUCUCGCCGGCGCCCAGCUCAUCCCCGGCCUCCGGCUCACCUCCGCCCACGUCUCCAUCGCGGCUGAUGGGAGAAGGGUCAAUCGCCGGUGUCGGCCUGCGCCGGCGAGGUCGAACGAGACCUGGCGGUUGGCGGCAGCUCGAUCCACUCCUCCAUCGGGAGCUGCGAGCACGCUGGGGCUCAGGCGCGAUGCAUGGGAUGCUGCGCUCUGCCUCUUCCUCGCUCAGCAAGAGGAGCAUGUGCAGCGCGUGGUGCGGCAGACGGCGGUGUGGUGGGCGGACGGUGGCCUCAGCGGCUGGGCAAAAACAGCUGCACCUGGUGCUCUACCGCACGUGAACUGUCAAGUUGCUGCAACUGGUGGUGCUAUCCCUGGAUUUGGUGAGGGAAUGGAUGGAGGAGCAUGAGGAGAGGGAUCUCACCAUCAGCGGGCUCGCCAAGUACUUGCCUUGAAGAUGGUAAGUCUGACGGAACCAGCCCCUGAUUUUGAUUCUCGUUCCUUCCAUACUAUCCAUAAAAAGAUAUCCAAUUAUGUUAACUCCGGCAAUGUUAAACUGGUUGUUUCCUUCUUCUGAUUCCACCGACUGAAACAACCAGUCGCAAAAAGAAAAAAAAAGUGUUUGAUUAUCAUCAAGGUUUCUGCAAUCGCAGUGGUUGGUUCGAACUUGUUUGGUCCAUUGAGCAGCAUGAUACUUAGUUCGAUGAGGAGGGCCACCCAUCUGUAGUGGAGGUGGCGUGUUUGUGAUGUCUCCUCAUACCGCAACGCAUUUCCGCCUCAGCAGGAGGGGUUCAAGGGCAAUUAUCAAGUGAUAGGAAACAACUUUUCAGGGUGAUUAGUACUUCAUUCUGAUUCAGCUGAAUGGUCCAGAGGUUCAUUCAUUUCUGUUACUAGCUUACAUGUUGAACAUCCAUAGUUUUUUUGUUCUUUUUAUUCGGUUCAAGUAGUCAUUCCUUGGUUUUACUCUGUAUGAAAACCAUUUGCACAGAAAUUAACAAUAUAAUAUAUGCUUAUUAUCAGUUCAGUGCUAAUAUUGUAAGACUAUAGUAUAGUUAAGCUUACUGUGUUGGGAAAUUUCUGUUUGUUUUUUGCAGCUUCAACAUGCCCUAAAGUUUUGGGAUUUUUGCAAUGCAUCUCAUGGAAUUAAAUAAUUGUGAGCAGUAUGACAUGCAUCUAGGUUGUUUACCUCACUGGAUAGAGUUUCUGUGAGCACUUUGCAAAGAAUCUUGGAUGCUGCCACCGCCAUGGUCUUGGCUUUGGAGCUAGAUUAGUGAUGCCUUACCAAUAUGGAUGCUACCGCCGAGCCUGAGGGUUUGGGCCAGUCCUCUCUGAUGCCAGUUCAGAUGUUUUUGAUUAUUUGCUCCUUAUCGGACCACUCAAGUGGGUUCAGGCUCAAGGCACCGUCUUUGUUCUGUUGCAAUAUUCAUUUGGAUCUCUCAAUUGUGAAGUACCAUCUUCUGCACUUUACUCUACUGGCACAAUGUUACUAAUUUGUGUUCUAUCUCAGUAUGCCAUUUAUCUGAAUUUUGUAUAGCUUGCAUAGUGCCUAGGUUCAUCAGCUAAUUCUGUUAUUUUUGUAGAUAUUCCAUAUUAUCAUUAGCAAGAUGAAGUCGCUCAAGUAUUGGCCACUACUAUUUGCAUUAGAUUCGCCUCAGAAUAUACCCUUUUCACUUGGAAGGAGGAAGUAGGUGUACUCAGUAAUGGUCAACUAUAAGCUAACGUAGAUGUUCUUUCAUUAACAAAGACAAAUGGCUUACUAUUGUCUAUAUUUCUAGAGCUUUGUUCCCAAUUGUCGUAUCUCAUUAUGUUUAUGAACUACUUGGCCAUAUUUCUUUACACUUUGUACUGAACUUGAUGCAAUAGAGUUCAAAUCAGUUGUCCUGAGCAAGCACCAUCCCUUGCUUUUGGUACACCUUUUGCCUUUAUGCUUUGCAGGAGCAGUAAAGUUGUAGGUCAGUUAUCUUGGGAACAACUAUACCUUGCUUUAGGUAUAUCCUUAAUCUAUAUGCUCUAUGCUGAACUCAGUUAUCCUUAGCAGCAGCUAUAUACCGUAUUUUUGGUGUA